AUGCACAACCCGUCUUCCAAGCUCUCCCUGGAGGCGCGGUUAACUGGUGCCGAAGGGGUGUUGAGACACAUACAUGGCCUUUUGGACGAUCUGUUCGAAGCGGUCGAGGAUGUUAUGACGCUUGCUCUGCCCCGGUUCCAGACUGAUGUGGACGAGGCCGCAGCGGCUGACAACGGAAACCCACUUGAUCAAGCCCUGCUUGACGAGGAUCAAAAUGAGGAGGGGAACGACGAAGCGGAUGACGGUGACGACGUGUUCUCCGCCGAGUCCUUGAUGGAAGAAAUGAGCGACGCUCUCCGAGGACUGUUUCGUGCUGGGGUGCUGGUCCGCAAAGCCUCCGCCCGGGACCGAUUCGCCCACGCACUCAAAGCUUCGCGGGGGCAGUUUUUGGGCCAGUUUGACAUCGAGUAUGCCGAGCAGAAAUUCUCCAAGCUCAGAAGACUGCGAGAGGAGUCCGCCUGGCUUACCAGAAGGCUCGGUAGCGCCAACUCCAAGAGGCGCCAGGUGCAAAAGUACUACCGAGACCACAAGUUACGCCUCGCAGCCGGAGAGCAAACAAGUCGCGAGGAGGACGAGAGCCGCACGGAAAAGCUCUCUAGUAAAGCAACCACCCUUAUGCCGGGGCAGCUGCAGCUGCGGCUUCUACAAGACACCCUGCCCGAGGACGAAAACGACGACGCCAUAUCCCUGACCAGCGCGGUAACAACAUUUGAGCAGGGGGCGACGCUCAAGCUGCCCCGUCUCGCGUUGCUUUCUCCAGACGGCGAGCCGUUUGAGUGCCCAAUUUGCUUCGUCCUAUGCGCAUGUGCCACAGAGAAAUCCUGGAAGAUACACGCAUACAACGACAUCAGGCCCUACAUCUGCACUUUGGGCGGUCCCGAGUGCGAGGAGCUGAUGUUUCCCGACAGGAACUCCUGGUUUCAGCAUGAGCUCUCAGAACACCGCUCCACCUUCGUCUGCGCUAUAUGCUCUGCCAAUGGCUUCGACACGAUGGCCAAGUUCAAGGAUCAUGUCCUUGUCCACGGGCAAUUGGCUGGAGAGCAGGUCAACGACCUCCUGGCAGCAGGACGCCAGGUUCAGCACGAGUUCGGCGCUAGCGCUUGUCCCUUCUGCGUCGAGUGGGAAGAUGCGAGAGGUCACCGUGGUUCGGGCAGGGUGACAGGCCCCCAGCUGAAAAGACACGUGGCGACCCAUUUGGAGCAGCUGGCCCUUUUCUCAGUCCCCCGUGAGGUUAUAUGCGGCCCUGAAGACUCUCAGGCGGGAAGCUCUGGCGGAUCAGGAGGCUCGAUACCCAACAUGGGCACAAUCAGCUUUGCUGUGGACCCCAGCUCUGAUUUUUUGGCCGACCUUCCCGACGCCGAAGAGAAUGAGACGGAGGGCAUCGCCCGCCACUGGGACGAGCUAGCCGAAAAGGAGAGGAAGAAUCGGGAGGUCAUAGAGGCCACUAGGGGGGGUUCUGGGGUGCUUUUGGGAGAUCUCGUCAAUGCCGGUGACUUUCGGGUGGGAAGCUCUAGCGGGUGGAUGAGUUUCCAGGCCGCAAUGGACGGCGGUAGGAAGUACCAGCGUCAUCGGGAAGAUCUCGUUAAUGCCGGUGUCGACGAGAAGUACAUUGAGGCGAUUACGAAGAAGCAGGAGGAGGCUGGGAUGCGAGAAGAGGCCAAAGAUGGCUUCAGACAGGGCAUGGAUGAAAUAAGUUCAUCUCUGGAAGAAGACUUGAGGGCAAUUGAAAAAGCCAGGGCCAACGCCGGACAGGCCGCCAAAGAGCAAUUUGAAGCGGUACGGAAAACUGGAGAGAAUAUCAUGGAAAGUGGCGCAGGCAACAGCCAGGACCAGAGGGAAAGCAGUGUCAUCAUUGAAGCAGACGAGACCGGCCCGUCCGAUGCACUGGAAUCCUCUGAAAGACCAAAGAUGGAUUUCGGCGGACAGCAAGUAGCCACGGCCGGGGCGAGCUUCACCGCAUGCUUCCCUGCCGCGCCCAAGGCCGUCCGCGAUAGGGCACUGGAGCGAGAGAGGGCCAGGAAGCGGCCGGCCGACCCCCCGUCCACGUCUGCUAUCUCACGUCCCAGUCCCCUCGGCGGUGACUGCUAG